AUGGGUUCCAAGUCCUCCCAUUCAAGACCAAAGCUUUUCACCCUUUCAAUAAUCUCUUUUUUUAUAAUCUUCGUUUACCUAAGUAUAUCACACAGCCCUAAACGCCAUGAAACCAUAAUCCACACCUUACACAAUCAGAAACAACCAACAGAAAUCUUCCGUAGGCAUGUCACAAAACCUAGCUGGUACAAAUAUCUCGAAAAUGAAACGAAGAAUACAAAGUUCAAAAUCGGACUAGUCAACGUGCAUGGAACCAACGUUGAAGUCAAAGAUCUACACGACGAAGCAGAACUAGUCAACGUUCAUUUUCAUCGUGUAAAUCAAAGUGUUAUGUGGAAGGACUUAUUCCCAGAAUGGAUCGAUGAAAAUGUACCUCAGAAAUCAUCACAAUGCCCCGAAAUUCCUAUGCCAGAGCUCGACGAAUAUGCAGAUUUGGAUGUGGUUUUAGCUAGGGUUCCUUGUGCAAAUGCAACCAAUGUGUUUAGGUUACAAGUAAACCUAAUCGUGGCUAAUCUUUUGGUAAAAAAUGGAUGGGGUUUUCGCGAUAUUUCUCGUGAAAUGUACGUUGUUUUCGUAGGACCUUGUAGUCCUAUGCUUGAGAUUUUCAGGUGUGAUGAUCAAAUAUGGUAUGGAGGAAAUGCAUGGAUUUACAAGCCAGAUUUGAGAAGACUGAAGCAGAAAGUUCUCCUGCCAGUUGGAACUUGCCAACUUGCCAGUCCAUUUGCUGAAUCAGGUCAAGAAGAAUGGAGAAAAUAUACUUCGUCGGGGAGCAACAAAAAGCCAAGAGAGGCUUACGUAACUGUUCUUCACUCCUCAGAAUCAUAUGUUUGUGGAGCAAUAGCUCUAGCACAAAGCAUCAUCUUAUCCAACUCCACAAAAGACCUCAUUCUCCUCCUUGAUAACUCCAUAUCACACGAAAGCCUCAAUGCUCUCAAACUAGCAGGAUGGAAGAUCAAAGUCAUAGAAAGAAUAAGAAACCCUCAUGCAAAAAGAGGAACGUACAACGAAUGGAACUACAGCAAGCUCCGAAUAUGGCAGCUAGUAGAAUAUGAUAAACUCAUAUUCGUAGACGCUGACUUUCUUUUCUUCAAGAAUCUUGAUCCUUUCUUCAUGUUUCCUCAGUUAUCAGCAGCUGGAAACUGUAGACAUGUGUUCAACUCAGGGAUCAUGAUAAUCGAGCCAUCGGAGUGUACUUUCAAAACCCUAAUGGAAAAAACCCUCACUAUAGUUUCAUACAAUGGAGGUGAUCAAGGGUUUUUGAAUGAGGUUUUUUCUUGGUGGCAUAGGUUGCCUGCUAAACUGAAUUAUCUCAAAAAUUUCCAGACAGAUGAGCGUAGAAAAUAUGAAUAUCCUGAGGAUGCAUAUGCGAUGCAUUACUUAGGUUUGAAGCCAUGGAUGUGUUACAAAGAUUAUGACUGCAAUUGGGAUGUUUUGGAAUAUAGGGAUUUUCCAAAUGAUCGAAUUCAUGCAAAAUGGUGGCAAGUAUAUGACUUGAUGCCUAAGGAGCUUCAGAAGUUUUGUGAUUUGACUCCAGAGAUGGAUACAAGGAUAAGAUUGGAGAGACAGAAGGCUAAGGUUGCUAAUUAUUCUGAUGGGCAUUGGAAAAUCCAAGUGAAGGACCCAAGAAGACUUUCCGAUUCCGACAUUUGAUUAAAUAUUACUCCUAUUUCCUUUUUGCUUCUCUUCAAAAGAAUUUCUUUGUUGCUUCUUGUCUUAUUUUUCCCUCGAUCUAUUAUCAUUAAAUAGUAAAUGUCAAACUUACCACUUCUAUGUCAAGGAUGAAAUUGGACGAGAUUGGGAAA